UUCAGUGAAGAAUGAGUCUGAAGUGUUUGCUAAAUUGAGAAAUCUGAUUGGGAGGACCCAGAGACUAUGAAAAAAGUUGAGAGCACAUUCUUUCGUAUGCUCUGAAAUGAUGUCCAACGAACAAGAGACACACGUUGGAACUUGUUAGGAAUUGAGAAACAUAUCGAUCUGCUGCUUCCUGGUUUAUAAAAUGCUCGCCCGAAGAGGCAUGAUCACAGUCACAGAGGCAGCAUCCCUUGCUGACUCCCAGGCCCAUUUUAAGGCCCUGAAACCUUGGUGGGAUGUCCUCAUGGAUUACCUUCUCAUCAUAAUGCUUAUGGUCUCCUUUUUCUCUGCCACGUUACUUAUAACAAUGGACAAAGUUGUUUGCAUGCCAAAGCCUAUAGAUAAAAACAAAACAGAUGACUUGUCUAAAGCUGGCUUCACAUAUUCAUCAAUUUCAAGAGAACCUGGUCACUUGACCAAGUUGGACUAUCAGCAGUACUUGUAUGUCAGUGUAGUUUGCUACCAUAAAGUAGUACCAUGGCAGUCCAAAUAUUUUCCCUAUCUGACUCUCGUCAACACUUUGAUUCUUCUGGUCAGCAGCAACUUCUGGUUUAAGUAUCCGAAGACUUCAUCCAAAGUUGAUCAUUUCCUCUCCAUUCUAUCUAAGUGCUUUGAAUCUCCAUGGACUACAAAAGCCCUUGAAGAAACAAGUGAUCAACCACCUCCUGAUCACACCCGUCUAAAGUCCAGCUGUACACGUUCUGUGGAAUACUCUUCAAGAUCACCACUCCUGAGGGAAUUUCCAUUCAUACCCAUACAACUACCAGCUUCUUCAAUUCUUGACAAAAAAGAAGAGGAGCAGGCAAAAGCUUUGUUUGAGAAAAUACGUCACUUUCGUUUAUAUGCCGAGGACUCUGAUAUAGUAUAUCAGGUUUAUAUGGGACAGACAAUCUUUAAAGUAGUUAAAGUAACAAUAGUAAUAGGAUACACAUUCAGUCUUGUGGGAUCCUUCAGUUUCCAACAUAUUUGUAAGCCUGAUAUACAGAACCUAAUGGGAUAUACUCUGUUUAUUUGCACUCACAACUUGGCUUACAUCCUGGAGAAGCUUCUGCUGACUUAUAUACUUCUUGUCUGUCUGUAUGCCUUUUUAGCAGCGUAUGCCUUGUUUUGGCUUUUCAGCCAUCAGCUAAAAUGUUACUCCUUUGAAAAAAAUCAUGAUGGUAAUGUCUUUGGAGACAUUCCAGUUGUUAAGAAUGAUUUUGCCUUCAUGUUACACAUGAUAGAUCGCUAUGACUCUUUGUACUCCAGGAGAUUCUCAGUGUUUCUGUCCGCUAUAAGUGAAGGGAGGCUGAAAGAGCUAGCACUCAAUUCUGAGUGGACACUGGAGAAGCUCAAGGAGCAAGUGAACAAAAACAUCAAGGGGCACUGUGAACUGGUGAUCUCAAUGCUUCCAGUUAUCCCAAUAGCAGUUUAUGAUUUGACUGAAAUUGAAGUCCUCAAGCUGGAAUUGAUCUCCUCUGCAAAUUUUUUAGCAGCUGUGUCCAGACUCAAACGUUUGUCUGAACUGCAUCUAAGGCACACUUUGGUUAAGACAGAUCCUGAUGCAUAUCGUUUCCUUCAGGAGCAUUUGAGGAUUCUUAAGGUUUGGUUUACUGACCUUGAUGAACUCCCUGCCUGGAUCUACUCUCUGAAGAAUCUUCAGGAGCUGCAUCUUUCUGGCAACCUUAACUCCUCAAACAACAAAUCCAUUCGUUUACAGUCCUUACGGGGUCUAAAGAACCUCAGAGUCCUAUCUCUUACCAGUAAUCUAUCGUAUCUGCCACCCACUGUCCUAGAUAUAGCAGGACAACUGCAUGAACUAAUAAUUCAUAAUGGAGAAACAGUGCUCUGCUCACUAGGUCAUCUGAAAAAAAUGAGCCAACUCACAAAUAUUGAGCUUCGCCAGUGUCAAAUCUCAAAGAUUCCUGGAGCUCUCUUCAACUUGCCUACACUACAAAAUAUGGAUUUGACAUCAAACUUAUUACAGAAUGUGGAUGAAUUGGGAACUUUACAGCGACUCCGAAAUAUAACUACAUUAAGACUGUGCCACAAUGCCAUAUAUUGCCUCCCUCCAACAAUUGAGAACUUGUUCAAUCUGGAAGAACUGACUCUUUCUCACAACAAUCUGGACAAUUUGCCAACUACUCUAUUUAACUUGGUCAAACUGAGGCACCUUGAUAUUAGUCACAAUCACAUCAAAACUAUUAUUCCAGAAAUAGGACACUUGUCACGUUUGGAGUUGCUGGACAUUUCUGGCAACCAAAUCUCUUUUCUACCAGUGGAGUUGUUUCGUUGCACUAGGCUCCAUUCGCUUUAUGCUGGCCAUAACAAGCUUACCAACUUUCCUUCAGAAGUCAGACAACUAUCUCUCCUGUCUACAUUAGAACUGACGGGCAACAACUUAACCUCUUUGCCAGUAGACAUUGCCUCUUGCUUGAUGCUAAGAAAAGGAGCUAUGUUUAUAGAAGAAAAUGUGUUGAACAUGUCCCCCAUGGAACUGAGGAAAAAAUUUUCAUGAAUAAACAAGUAUCCCUACCUAUAUAA